AUGGGGCUUCUGGAUGUGAUCGGUGGAUCACCAGAGUACAAACUCGAUUGUCAUGGGUUCCGGUUCUACAAGUACCGCUCUUCCUCCUAUUUCUCAAUUGUGAUCGUGUCAAAAGCCAAAGAUGUUUCCUUGGCCGGCUGGCGGCGGAGGAGCCCGCCUGCGCCCCGGGCACUCGGGAUGGACACCCCUGCGGCUGAAGAGGCCCCGGAGAAGCCGGAGGACGCGCCGGAGCCGGAGCCGGGGCCCGAGGUGCGGGAAGAGCAGGCGCUGCACGGCUUGAAGGAGGCCCUGGCCAACCUCCGCGGCCUGAGCGAGGAGGAGAAGGGCGAGAAGGCCCUGCUGUGCUCGCGCAUCCACGAGCAGUCGCAGCUCAUCUGCAUCCUGAAGCGGCGGGCGGACGAGGCCCUGGAGCGCUGCCGGGCGCUGGAGCUGCUCAACGCCGAGCUGGAGGAGCAGCGCGCGCGGGACGCCGAGCGCCUGCGGAGCCAGGGCCAGCACGCCCGGAGGCUGGAGGAGCGCUUCCGCGCCCUGGCGCGCAACCACGAGGCGAUGCUCCGCUUCAAGGACGAGCACAAGAGCCAGAACGCCCAGCUGCGGGAGGAGAACGAGAAGCUGAGGCUGGAGAACGAGACGCUCUUCAGCCCGGCCCUGCGGGAGCAGGAGGCCCGGGUGGCGCAGCUCACGGCGCACAGCGAGGCCCUGGGCCGCGAGUUGCGGGAGCUGCAGGAGGAGCGCGUGCAGGAGGCGCGCGCCGCGCACAGCCGCGAGCAGGAGCUCCGGGCCCUGAACCACCGCGACGCCGAGCAGCUCCGCGGCCAGCUGCAGAGCCUCCAGCUGCAGCACCAGCAGGCCGUGGAGCAGAUGGCCGAGGCGCAGCAGGCCCAGCGCAGCCUGAGCCAGCAGCUGCAGGACAGGCUGCAGAGCGCCGCGCGCGAGAAGGAGGAGCUGCUGGCGCUGUGCACCGAGAGGGGCCAGGCUCUGCAGAGCCAGCAGGCCGAGACCCGCCAGCUGCAGGACGAGCUGCAGGCGGCCGACGCGGCCCGGAGGCGGGCGCUGGAGCGCUUCGAGCUCGAGGCCGCCGCGGUGGACGGCAGCCUGCGGGUGCAGGAGCUGCAGCGCAAGGUGGAGAUGCUGCAGCAGGCGUAUGACGAGCUCAGGCUGCAGUCCGAAGCCUUCCGCAAGCACAGCCUGGAUCUCCUGAGCAAGGAGCGAGAGCUCAAUGCCAAACUCCGGCAUCUCUUCCCCUAAGGAGGGGU